CUCUCUUUUUCUGUUUCCUUCUUUUUUGUUUUUUUUAUUUCCUUGUUCUCUUACUUGUCUUAUUUCAAAACUCACAAUGUCACAAAAGCAGGAUUCAGAUUAUCAAGAUCCCAUAUUAACGCCUGGCAGUUUACGAAAAAUUGUGGAGAAUCUACCCGGAAAAGCCAAACACGAGCAUGGAGAAUAUGAGUACAAUUGCGAUUCUGAUACGUUUGAAAAUGAAAUCAAUGACUUUUUCAGCUAUACCGAAGUAACCGUUUCACUGCAAGAGUAUCGUAGAUUAUACGAAAAGGAAUAUGUUGAAAUCACUCGACAAGACAUUCUUUCUCUGUUAGAUAAAUUAGAUUCCUCGGAUAGAGAUUGUCGAAUGAGAUCGUGCAAGCUUCUCAUUUAUAUCUCACUCGGUCAAUUCACAACCAGCACGAAAGAAUCAAGGCAGAAACGGAUGGGAAAUGUGAUUCGUAAUAACAAUAUAUUGAUUGAGUGUGGUGCGUUUCAUUUGUUCUAUCAAAGAUUACGACAAGCAUGUAUCAACAGUGUGCUCGAAAUAGAUUUUUAUUUAACAUUGUUAUAUGUUUUAUUGGAAACCCAAAGAUUUCAAUAUCCAACAAAAUCCAGCGAAAAAUUUAAACAAGAAAUCAUUGCAAUGGAACCAAAUUUAACAGAAUUUUUGUUUACAUUUGUGGCAAGCUUACGAGAUAAAUUAGAUGGAUCUUACCCUAUUAAGAAAAUCGUCCUAUUGCUAUGGAAAUCAUUAUUAUUCAUGUCGGGAGGAUUAAAAGAUAUAAAGUUAUUAACACAUCGAGCCAAACAGUCGUUGGGGUUGACCGUAGAUAACAGUCAAACGAUAAAGAGUACACCACAAGAUUUAUAUCAUUUUCAAAACGAGUCCACCGAAAAAUACCCCGCUUAUGAGCCACCCUGUUUACCUCUCCCAUGCCCUUCUCCUUCCUUGACCGUCAACCCAUCCUCAUCAUCCUUACCCAAGAGCAUGGGUUAUUUAAACGCAACUAAUCAGAUCGAACUAUUGUAUCAAACACUCUUUCCACCAAAGUCUGCAGCCAGUGUUGGGUUUCCAAAAAAGCAGAAUAAUCAACUUUAUAAUUAUUUUCUGUAUCCCCCGCAUGCGUCUCCUGCGCUUGUUUUACCUCUUGUGCAUCAAGGAUCUUCAGUGCCUCAGGGCGUGAAAGAAGCGGGUCAAGCCUUUGUUUCUCACAUGCACAUUUCCCUGUCGAAUUACCAAAUGAUUCAAGAAAAGUCAAAUGCCAUUCAAAAGUGGAAACGGAUAUCCUCUUCAAAAAAUGAGAGUCAGAAAAUUGAGAUCAUGCAGGAUGAAGAGACGGAUUUGAUUGAACGACUUUAUGCGAAAAUUAUACCUGAUCUACAAAAUAUUAUUAUUGUUUUGCUUAAAUUGUUAUUAACUGCAGUGGCGACCACAGUAGACAACAAUGAUUCGGAACAAAACAUUACACUGGAAUACCUCGAGCAGGUGGAUGUUGCCAGAAACAGAGAGGUUUAUUCCAAGGCAAUAUCGGGCAUUUUACUAAUUUUAUUGAAAUGGACAAAAUCCUCACAUGUCUUGAAAUUCGAAUACUUGUCUCAGUUGUUGGCAGAUUCAGGGUGUUUACUUUUAAUCCUAAAAAUGAUUGGAUUGCAAGAGAUUACAGAUCUAGUCAAGGCGCAUACGGAUGUACCUUAUUAUAACUUCUUUGACUAUAACAUUAAUCGUGAGCCCGAAACCGUUAUUAAUACAAAGAAGGAUGACUCUUACACAAAUCAUCGAAAUAUGUUUUGGACCAUCAAUUAUUUAAGAAUCCUAUUAAUGUUAACUAAAUACAAAACUCACCGCAUUAUGCUUUUGGUGCAAUAUAAAUCAUCGGCAAUUUUAAAGCGUAUCCUAAAAAUAUCUCACCCGGUUUUGGAACAAUAUAUUCUUAAAUUAUUGAAAAGCCAAGUUCCUUACCUUGGAAGGAAAUGGAGAUCUCAAAACAUGAAGAUUAUUUCAGCCAUCUAUUUAAAUUGUCAUACCUUGUUAAAGGAUGAUUGGAUAUCCAAAAUAAACUUUGAGGAAGAUUUACAAGAAGGAAAGAUGCAAGAAAAUAGUCUACGCAUUUUGACUCUAGUAUACAACGGUGAAAGGUAUUUACCAUCUUUACUGCCUCUACACGACGAGGUCAAUACUCAACAUGGAUCGGUACCGACCGGACCAGGUUUGGAAGGAUUCAAUCAGUAUGAGAUGGAUUUAUUAGACGACGAAGAAGAUAUUGAAUUGGAACCUGCAUUCAUGGAAAAUUACCAAGACUGGUUGCAAACCGAAGUCUUCAAUGAAACUCUCGUUCAAGAUGUACCUGCACCACUAACACCUUAUCCAGCUAGUAGAGCACCUGUAUCACACGAGGAACUUGCUCUCGAGAUGAAUAAAAUAUAUGUUGAGCAACUGAAUUCUGAGUUCAAGCCAAGACAUCCUAUUCAAGUGGACAUACCAUCAGCUGUGCAUGCGGAACAGCCUCCUGUGUCAAAGAAAAUGACACCUCUAGCGCGGUAUAAUGGGGACAAAAGCAGCCUGACGUAUGGAAAAUCGGAUCGUGAUAAAAAUGAGCCUAUUGAUAAUGAAGAUGAGUUCAUAUGCAAACUGCUGCAGAUUGAAGACAAGACAAUACAAAAAUGGAAUGAUCAUCAGAAUGGAAGCUGUGAUCAGUAUCACUACAGAUUGAUGGAUGGACUAUUUGAUGAAGAGUUGUAUUAUUCAGGUUGAUGGAGGAGCUACAGACACUAUCUCGUGUAUGUGUGCGAGCAACGAAAUGAAUCAAGGAGAUUAAUGUACAUAUUCAGUAUAAAUUGAAUAAAAUAAAAUACUAUUUAAUGUAACGCAGUAUUUUGCGGAAA